GUUCGUAUUGUUUCGUUGAUUUUGAAUGCAGUAACAGCUUGCUUAAAACUUUGGAAAGAUUUAUAAAAGUUGCGUGCGCAAGGAAGGCGGUAUUUUUAUAUUCGACAACACGUUGCGAACAUAACCACCAAUAACAUUGCCUUGGGAUAAAAAGACCUAUACGUCGCACAUGGUUGACUCAAGAAAGAAAACACACGGCGAUUAAUAUACACAGGUGAACUGUUUGUGAAGUGACUAUUUUUAAGUGGGAACAUGGCCACUUCACAUCUUCUUAUUUUUUUCUGUGCCACCGCUGGAAAAAACGGGGAAGAAUUAGGAAAUGAUGAGGAACAGAUAGUCUUGUUUGUUUACCUACUAUAUGAUGUCAGUAAUUGCAAGGUUAUUGCUGUCCAACAACAUUAUGUAAAACCUCAACCAAAUGAAUUAUCAGAAACUGUCUUGACAGAAGAUUGUAAAUUGGAAACUGGUCUCAAUGAAGAAGUCAUUAAAAAUGCACAACCUCUUGAAAUCGUCUUGGACGAGUUCGAACGAUUCUUGUCAGCCAAAGGUGUUCAUCCCGAAAAUGGCGGGAAAUCAUUUUGUUUAUUAACCGAUGGACAAUCACAUUUAAGACAAUGUUUACACCCAGAAACAUGUACAAAGAACUACAGUUUACCAAGUUACUUUUCAAAAUUUUAUGAUUUACGGAAUGAAUUCAAGAAAUAUUACAAAACAGACAAUAUACAGAAUAUUAAAUCGAUGUUAGAUUAUUUAGGCUUACAAGAGGAUCAUUCUGUAGAAUAUGGUGUUCGACAGUGCCAAGAAAUGGCUAAUAUUAUGCAUCGACUUAUAAACGAUGGCCAUGUGUUCAAUAGUCCAGAAGUUGUCAAUGAGAGAUUAGAACCAGGGAUCUGUAGUAAAAGUGAUCUUGUAGACGACGAAUCAGUAGUCCGUGCACGUGGGUUGCCAUGGCAGUCAUCAGACCAAGAUAUUGCCAGAUUUUUCAAAGGCCUAAACAUUGCCAAAGGAGGAGUUGCAUUAUGUCUGAGUCCCCAGGGACGGAGAAAUGGCGAAGCACUCAUCAGAUUUGACGACGAAAUGAACCGUGACCUUGCCCUUAAGAGACAUAAACAUCACAUAGGACAAAGAUAUAUUGAAGUAUAUAAAGCUACAGGGAAGGACUUCGUCAAUGUAGCUGGAGGUAGCAAUACAGAAGCCCAAGCAUUUCUGUCUCGAGGUGGCCAGAUAAUCGUACGCAUGCGUGGAUUACCUUUCACAGCAACUGCCUCGCAGGUGCUAGAGUUCUUUGCCAGGGAGCCACACGCAUCCAAUGUCCUAGAUGGAGAGGAAGGUAUACUGUUUGUUCACUAUCCUGAUGGAAGGUCCACUGGUGAUGCUUUUGUCUUGUUUGAUACGGAGGAUGAAUCGAACACAGCUUUAAAGAAACACAGGGAAAUCAUGGGAACUCGAUAUAUUGAGUUGUUCAAGAGCACCGCAGCUGAAGUUCAACAGGUGUUGAACAGGAGCAUGGACCCACGAAACCCGGAGCCAGUUCUUGAAACACAAUUACCUCCUCUGAUAGCCCAGAUUCCACCACCAAAUUCGCUUCCAUACAUUCCACAAAAUAUUAUAACAAGCGGAACGAAGAAGGACUGCAUCAGAUUACGUAAUCUCCCAUCAACAUCACAAGUAACAGAUUUACUCACAUUUCUUGGAGAGUUUUCACAGUUCAUUGUAUACCAGGGAGUACACAUGGUCUAUACAGCACAGGGUGAACCUUCUGGUGAAGCUUUCAUUCAGAUGGAUUCAGAAGAGUCUGCCGCUUUGACAACCAUUAACAGAAGUAAACGAGCAAUGGUACAUGCAAACAAAAAGCGAGUUAUAGAAGUUAUUCAAUGUUCUGGAGAAGAUAUGAAUCUCGUUCUGACAAAUGGUAUACCAACUUUACCUCAACCUGCAGCUCAUCUACAACAGCUAUUAGCACAACAUCGUCCAAUUCUAUCACCGAGUGCACCCACGUUAAUACCACAGCCAGUUUCAACAAUGAUGCCAUUUGCUCAGUUUCCACAGCCACUGCCUGCAGCUUUUCCAGGAGCUAUGCCUGCCCAGGCCUUUCAUCAACAACGACCAGCAUUCUAUCCACAGAUUAUAUACUGGUACCCAAGUCCUCCAAUAUCACCACAGACUUAUCUUACUAAUACAGGACCCGCAGUUAUAGUCAUGCGGGGACUGCCUUUUAACGCUACUGUUCAAGACAUCUUGAACUUCUUCCAAGGUUUUCCAGAGGUAACACCCGAAGGUAUACAGAUACAAUACACACCAGAUGGUAGAUCAAGUGGAGAUGUUCUUAUAACUUUCAUGAAUAGAUCAGAGGCUGAACGUGCAAUAAAUACACUUAACAAGCAAACUAUAGGACAGUUCAUCAUCGACUUAAUCAUGGUGUAGACCCUCAUGUUAUUUAUAAACAUUUUACAUUCCAUAGGAUAGACUUUUCAGACAUUUGAAUUUUGUUUUUGUAUGAAAUGUUAUAUAUGAUUCAUAGUAUGUGUUGCAUAUUUAUUUUUGUUUCUGUUGAAAUAGUUAAGCUCAUUUUAGUGCUAAGUAACAGAUUUUCCUUUCUCAAAUUAGACAAGAAAUGUACAAGUAUAUUAGUUUCUUUUAUUCAUUUUUGUAGAAUUUCAAUAUUGUUUUAUUUAUAAAAAUUGAAAGUUCAUUCUUUAUAUGCAGCACAUACUACUUUUAUGAGUCGUUAUCUUGCCUGUCUCUCAUCUUUAGAUCUGUUGUUUAUGUGUUUACUGCUUCUGGCCAUUUGUUUAUUAUUAUUAUAAUAUCUUUAGUGCAAAACAAUUUUGGGAUACAUAAAAGUAUUUCUUUUCAAGUAAGCUUAAUUAUAUGCAGUGCCUAUGUUGAACAUUAUUUCGACAGAACAUACUUUGUGAAUUCAAAAAUAUUCUCGAUUUUCGUAAAUUUUGAAUUUAAACAUUUGAUAUCAUUGACGAGUAGUCUUAGUGAAUAGGUUGUGACAAAAUGGUAGUGCUUUUUGGAGUCAUGAAAUGGCCAGAUGUAUUUGUUUUUGUGUAUAUUUUAUUUGUUUUAUUGUUGAUAUUUUGUUGAGAUUUUAUUUUGCAUGCAUAUUAAGUGCCUUAUUGCGAUAUUUAAUGUCUUUCAAUUGAGAUCUGAGAGGUAUAUGAAGCUCAAGUUCUUCCAACAUAUCAUUCAACAUUCCAUGACUUGUACGCCAGGGUUACCCACUUUAGUGUCAUCUAUUAUUAAUUGGUGUUGCAAAAUCUAUAUUUGAUAAUCAAACAUUUACAUGCGGCUAAUUUGUGUAAAAUAUGCAAAGAAUUUAAUCAGGUCUAAUUUUGAAUCUUUUCAUUAGGUAGUAGAUAUCCUAGCAUCAUCUUUGGAAUUUAUGCUUCAUUUUAAAACUGUUUUGAUAUGCAAUCUCUUCAUUUGAACCAGACUGUAUGUGUUCAUUUUAGCCCAUGUAUGUACCGAGUCUAGUCAAAUUACAUUUUACAUAUAAGUUGUUAAUGAGGAAUACAGUGUAUGCUUUCUUUCUAAUUAUUAUUAUUACUGUUGGUUGAACAAUCUCCAAUUUAGAAAUAUUCUAGGAGGGAAAAUUUAUCAUUAUAUUUAAUAGUUCCGCAAAGAGAGUUACCCAUGACAUUUGUAAAAAGUUGAUUAUGAUUUUAGAUAACAUUUUGUUGAUCUUCAACUGAUAUUGUUAGUAUCUACGAAAUAUUGUUAAAAGUGCAAUAUAACUAUUAAUGCGUGUUUUUAUCAAAUAACACUUUCAAACCCUAGAUGGGUAUUUUGGUUUCGUUCUGACUAACCAUAAUUCUUUGAAAUUUAUGUUAUAUAAGAUUUUGUUUUUAUUUUGUAUGUAAUAUACAUGAUGUACCUCACUUGAUUGUAAUUACUUUGUACAUUGCUCUACGCAAAUGAUAUUUGCAUUGUAUAUACUAUUGUAUGCUAAUGAAUCAUUCAUUGCAAUAAAAACAUAAUUUGCAUAUUGGUGGUGGUGCGGUUUUUGGCAUUAUGGUGGCGGCUUGUGCUUGGUUCUUUUUGAGCAUUGGAAUAGUGGGACAUCACAAGAAUCACAUUUUUGAUACUCAGUUAUAUAACACAGUUUGAUUUGACAAUAAGUCAACAACGUAUGGCAUUCAGCUGUAGCACGCCUUAAUGAUUCGGCCAGUAGCUUUUUUAGGGAAUGGGAUAGUUAACUAUUUAUUGUAGAUAUUGAAAUAUUUAUUUAAUUUAUUUGUUUUAAUAAUUUAUAAGCAUUUUGUUUUAACGCCAAAGAUUAUAAAGUUUGAAAUAACACAAUUUUGACUGGUGACAGGGGAGUUUACUGCAGCAGAAGCACACAUAUGUUAUGAAGCUUUUCUGAUCCAUCUGUGAUAAUAUUUAAAUAUUAAUUCAAUAAAUUUUGAUAUUUUUAUA